UGUAUUUCUAUUCUGGAGGACAUGCUGCUGGAGAUUGCGAGCGAGAUCAUCAGCAGGUCGAUUUUGGAUGAGAAGGUGCUACGACAGGAGUAUGGAAUUGCCCAGCCGGGGCUGGUAGACGAAGGGGAGACCGCUGCAGGGCUGGUAAAGAAAGUGCGACAAAAUAUUGGCAACUCGGCCAGUGGGUCGAGCCAGUCAUCAGCGGCGGCGACACCACAGUCUGGCGAAAACGGAUCUAUCCCAGAUAUCGGCAGACUAGGCUUUCUACAGAAUGGCAAAGAGAUAUUUCCGAAAAGCGCCAACGGCUCAGAUGCCUACUUCCAGUGUCUUAAUUGCGAGAGAAAGAUUGCCGGUGGGCGUUUUGCUGCCCACAUCGACAAAUGUCUGGGAGGAAGGGUGCGGAAGUAAAAAGGAAAGAACUUGCUACAAUAGUGAAACAAUUGGUUCAACGGUAAUUAUGGUAUGGCUCAAUACGGAAGGAAGCAGAUGGAGCAGAUUUGCUACAGACUGCCUUGUUUGGGCCAUCAGAGGACUCGUCAUUGCACAGACGACUGGCUAAACAGUGCUCAACAAUAGUAUCUUGCGCAAAUUAGAUGCAUGAGGGCAAUAAGAUUCACCGGAUACAAUAGAACUUCAACUCGCAUCUGGCUGGCCCGUGCAAAAUCAGUGCAUGAACCAGGUGGAAGCUGCGGGUUCUGGGGACCCAUGAAAAAUUUUAGGCUCGUUUUCGGCAAUCAGGAUGAUUUGGGCUGCUCGCACAAUAGAAAAAGGAAAGAGCGGAUGACCACUCCGAGGAAUCUAGACUGGCGACAGUCGGGAGCGGGACCAGACGAUCAAACAGCGAUAGAAUUGCACACUUGUGAGAGAUGGCUGAGCAGCCGCUCCAAUUUGGGGGCAUCUUGGCUGCAACUUUUGCCGGGACACGGUGCACGGGUGUGAGGCUGAGCACGCUGAAACGCGCUACAGUUUCAUCGUGUUUGGAAGUUUCCAAAUCCAGCCUCCUCCAAACUGAAAAAAAAAACCAUUCUCAUGCAGAAAUCUCGAUCCACGCACGACCCGUGCUUGGCCAUCCCUUCUAAGAAACAAGUCUGAAGCUUGGACGAAUGCUUUGUACUUGUUAAAAUAAACUGCGCUUUCCCUGAGAAUCGUCUAAAAAGUGUUUUCACUGUGAACUUUGUCUGGUAUUCAUUCCUUUAAUAUCUCCAGACCAUGUUAUUCAACAAAGCUACGCUCCUUACCGUGUUUUCAGCCAUCUGGGCCACUGCCCAUGCCGGAUGCUCGUACGAGGACGGCAACUACUACUGUUCCCAGACAAACGCCAUCGUCUACGAAGGUAUCGGCUACUCUGGCUCUUACUCUGACGUCACCAACAUCGACGAGUCCUCGUGCCAGUGUUCCUCCGAGACCAAGUCGUUCUCUGGUACCAUGUCGCCUUUGGACGAGGAACUUUCUGUGCACUUCAGAGGUCCUUUGAAGUUGCUGCAAUUCGGCGUCUACUACCCAUCGUCUUCCUCUUCCAAGGUGAAGAGAGAUGAAGAGGAAGAGGAAUGCCAAACCACUGUCCAUGCUCAUCAUCACCACAGAAGAGCUGUUGACUACGUUUCUGUCACCGCGACCGUGUACGUCGACCAGAACGGCAACACGAUCAGCGGUACCACCAGUGCAUCCACUGCAGAGAUGAAGGUCAUCACCAGCGAAAGCGCUGCCUCUUCGACCGCAGAAGCUGCUCCUACUUCUUACGGAAACGACGAGUCCUCCUCUAAGAGCACCUCCGAGAGUAGCUCCUCCAGCUCGUCAUCCUCCUCUUCGGCCACGUCCACGUCCACCUCCUCAUCAUCUUCUUCUGGAUCCGGAUGGAGCAGAUCUUCCUACUUUACUCCAGGCUCCAAAGACAAUGUCACCUUCCUCAAUCACCUGGGUGGUUCUGGAUCCGGCACUUUCUCCUACUGCUUCGGUAACUCGAUCUCCUACUGCGGUUCCGACGGUAAGUCUGCCUCUUCUUCCAGCGUCGCUCUCGAUGAGGUCACCGUCGACUCGAACGUCGAGUUCCUAAUCAUGUCUGGCGUGGAUUGUGACGACUCUUCUGCUGGAGACUGUGGCUACUACAGAUCCGGCAUCCCGGCCUACCACGGUUUUGCCGGUGCUACCAAGAUGUUUGUGUUUGAGUUCCAAAUGCCUACUGCCACCGACUCUGCCACCACCAACUACGACAUGCCGGCUAUCUGGCUGCUCAACGCCAAGAUUCCAAGGACUCUUCAAUACGGCAGCGCCGACUGCUCUUGCUGGUCGACUGGAUGCGGAGAGCUAGAUCUGUUUGAGAUUCUUUCUUCUGGCUCCGACAAGCUGAUCUCUCACCUCCAUGAUGGCCAGGGCGACAACGGCUCUUCCUCUGGCGGAGGAGGAUCGCAGGACUACUUCCAGAGACCUACGGACUCCUCCAUGAAGGCUGCUGCCAUUUUCAACGACGGAGAGGUCCACAUUGUUGUGCUUGACGACGACGUCGACUUCAGCGACUCUCUCGACACCGACACUGUGUCUGGAUGGCUCAACAAGUCUGGAUCUACUGCCAGUAUUUGAUAACCAAUUAUACAACAACGCUUGAUUUUCGCAGCUACCGUAGAUUUGAAGUAAUUAUUUUUAUAUUUUUUAAUGGGCACAUU